AUGUGUUCCACACGCGACUGGGAAUUAUUGUUUCAGAUCACUAACUUCGUGUUUCUACCACAGGUCAAGCGCACUAUUCGUCUCGUUACUGAGCAACACAUCAUUGACAAGCCUUCCGAUGUUGAGGGUUUCCCUCUUCGCUCAUGGUCAAUUGAGAUUUACGUCGUCAAUGAGCGCGGCGCUGAUGUCCCUGCCACUCUUUUCGACAGCGUCACUUACCACCUGCACCCCAGCUUCGGUUCGCGUGCCACCCAGGUUGUCAAGAAUCCUCCUUUCCGUAUCCAGGAGGAAGGAUGGGGCGAGUUUGACAUGCGCAUCGAGUUCAACACACCUGACAAGCCCCAUACCAUUAACCACGAUCUGAACUUCCAAGUUGAGCGUUACGAAUCUAAGCACGUUAUUACUUUCAAGAACCCUAAAGGCGCGUUCCUCAAUGCCUUGCGUGAGACUGGACCCGUUGGUGACGAGAAUGGUGCCAAAGCUAAGCGUUCCGGAGGCGACGAGGGCGUCGUCAAGAAGAAGAAGAAGCCCGGCUUCUCUGCUACCCUCGAUAUGGACAAACUGGCUGACGGUCUUAUGAAACUCAACGAGGACGAUCUUCUGCAGGUUGUCCAGAUGGUACAUGACAACAAGACACCCGAGUCUUACACCAAGAAUGAUUUGGAGCUCGGUGAAUUUCACGUUGAUCUCUACACUCUUCCGGAUAGUCUGCUUAAGAUGCUCUGGGACUUUGCCGAGUCCCGCCAUACCAUUUGA